UUAAGCACUUUCCUCUUUCCUUUGCAUCCUGGUAAUCUUUCCUUACUGUUAUUGAAAGAAGACAAGUUUUAGCGCAAAUGAACUGAUGGGUUCCUCCUUUUCAUCUCGUUUGCAACUUCCUCAGAUUCCUAAAUUGCUUGAUCUCAGCCCUCUGCCUCCUUGUGCACUGGCAUUUACUGUAUCUAGCGUUCCUGUUUCUUCCUUUUCCAGCCCCUUGCAAGGAUCUUUCCUGCUUCCUUUACUGAACUGCUUAUAAGCAUGCACAUCGCACUGUCGUUCUGUCAUAUCCAUUCCCUCCCGUGGACAUCUCCGACGAGCCUAGGCUGCUGCUGCUGCUAUUCUGUUCAAUGCUCAGGGGUUCAUCAGGAAAACAUGGGUUUGCAGAGGAAAAUCAAAAUUCUAGCCAAGAGAACCAUCCAGGAGGCGCAAGCUGUAACCCUACAUCCCGCGAAGACGAAGCGGCCCCGUUCAGAGGAGGAAGAAGAAGCAGCAGCUUCGACGCCAACAGCUCUCUGUGGAGGAGGAGGAGGACUUGAAGGUGCUCUGCACUGCCCACCGGCGCCGAAGAAGCCGAGGCUUGUGAUGGGUUGCAGCCUGAACGGGUUCAAGGUUCUGAGCGUCGUGGAUUUGCGUUUCUUCCUGCGUUGAAGCGGCAGCUAGCAUUGUUUUUGUACAGGCAAGAGUUAGCAUGGUGCCUGCUUAUGAAUGUUUGUGAACGUUGACAUGGAACAAACAGAUUUGCUUUUUAGUUUUUUUGUCUUUUCUUAACGGAAGCUAAUUUCACUUCUUCCCCAUCUCCAUAGCUCAAUUGGCAAGUUGACAGUAGCCAGUAGUUCUUAGGGUUCCGCAAAAAAUUUGUUCGCCCAACUGUUUGGACAUGAUGAAAAAUCGCCGAUAUUCACGAAAUUCAGACCAUGCCAAA